AUGGGUCUUUCAUUUCUCCAGGGUACAUUUCUUAUGGCCCAGGUAGAUUUUGCUGAUGGAAAAUCCCAUCGAGCGUAUGCGUCCGUUGCUCUUGGAUUGCGUGCUAUUCAAUCCGUAGGGUUGAACAAACAAAGUGACUCGUAUCUCUCGAGUGACAUAGAGAUCGAAAAUAGGAAACGAAUUACUUGGGCAUUUUUUAUGCUCGAUCGCACUUAUAGUGCGUCCAGAAACUACUCACUCUCCCUCUCGGACAAGCAGUUCACACUUCCGUUUCCUUUCCCAGAGACGGAUGCGCUGUCCAGUGAUAAUGGGACACUAGCCUGCGGAUCUUUGCAUGACGGUCCUGGAAGACAAGGGCAAAAGGUUGAUCAUGGGAUUCUGGCAUGUCUCCUGAGGCUGUACUCAUUAUGGGGAAAAGCCACAGAGUAUGUCUUUGAACCCGUUUCCGAGAACUCGCUACCUCCAUGGCAAACGGGAUCCGCUCUUGCGAUACUUGAAUCAGAAUGGUUGCAAUUUGAAACACAUUUCGCGGACGCGCAUCGAUAUAUUAACGUUGAUUUCAAACGCCGCGCCCGAGAAGAUCCACAAUCGCGUACAUACCUCUCGACCUGGGUGUGUGUUCAAUUUCUUUUUCAUUCAAUCCAGUGCAUAUUGCACCACCCGUUCGUGAUCAUGACCAAGCUUCGGAACUUUAACGGGAAUCUGUCGGCAACAUUUCUGCAAAAGUCGUUUGAGACCUCGCUGCUGCACUCUCGAUGGAUAGUCCGGUUCAUAAAGGAAAUGUCAGAGGUUGACUUUGAGAUUUGUGAUCCUUUUCUCGGAUAUUUGGCUGCGAUCGCAGCCACAAUUCAGCUGGAGCAUACUAGCAGCAAAAACCCGCAAAUUGCUCUUCUGCUCAAUAAAGAAUUUCGAAUCCUUGUUGACUUCAUGACGGAGCUGUCGGUGUAUUGGGGAAAUAUGGGCGUGCUGGUUAACAAAGUGAAUGACCUGGCCGCUCGUCAUCAAAAUUAUGGAUCACUAUAUUAUAAUCAAGAAGGUUUCUCGGGCGCUUUAUCCAAAAUGCCAACCCCCUCGACUAUGCCCCGAAUGUCGGCAGAAGAUGAGGGUCUUAUGUGGGAAAUCCUCGAUUUUGGCUGUUCAUCAGGGGGAGACGAGGCGAUGAAGUUCGGGGAUCUGGCUAUCCCUCAAGAAAGCAGAGUGCAAACAAAUGAAGGCCAUGUUGCACAAACCGGAACCUCCUCAAGAACAGGUCAGAUGAACAACUAUAACCAGAGAGGGGGAAUUCCCGCAGACCUUGAAAAUUUUGACCAAGUAUCCGAAUCCAUCAACGAAGGCCCUUUACCUGAGUGGCCAUUUCAAACGAGGGGCGGUGAUGGGAUUGAGGCAGCAAUGCCUGACAUUCCGGAUUGGAUGAUCUUGGGAGAUUAUAUGGCAGAGCAUCUGUGA